AUGACUGUCCAAGACCUCACAUCUGUCGAAGCUUUCCGAGAACUCAUCAAGAGUGACAAGCUUGUCAUUGUCUACGCGUGGACCCCACAGACCGAGGACCAAGGGAUGUUUGAAAUUGUCGAGGGGAUGUCCCAAGAUUACACUGAUGCCAUUUUUGCCAAGGUUAACGCUGAUGCGGUUCACGAUAUCUUUUACGAAGUUUCUGAUCAGAUUCUGCCUACCUUCUUGUUCUACAAGAACGGCCAAAAGGUUGAUGAAGUCCGUGAUGACAAGGACUCCAGCCAAGUCGAUGGCAAGAUCAAGGAACACCUUGCUCAAUAA